GAGAGAGAGAGAGAGAGAGAGAGAGAGAGAGAAAAAAAACAGCGAAAGAAACGCGAGCCCAUGCGUGUGCCGGAGUAGCCGGAGUAAGAGUCGUGGCCGGUGGCGGAGCAGUUGGUUUUGAAGCGCUUGCAAGUCAUGCAGACCUCCUCCCAACCCCCCCUGGACACGCCCAGCUCACGGGACAGCUUCCUGUUCAGCGACGAUGACUCUGAGGUCUUCCUGUCGGAGGAGAGUGAGGGACGCUCCAGUCAGAGUGUAUACAGCCUGGACGGUGGCCUGGAGAGCCCCGGCUCCCAGUGGGCUAGGGACGGCUUUGGAGAGGGCUCAGAGGUCAGCGGGGGUCACGGAAGGCCAGUCUUUGUAUCUGACUCAUCGUUCUCCUUCUCCUCUUCUUCUUCAUCCUCUUCCUCCUCGGGCCUGGGCUGGAGUGGUACAGAGAAUAACAGCGGGACUGAGAAGGAAAAAGGCAGAGGAACGCAGGGAACACAGGGAGAUGUGCUGUUCGCUCAAAAAUGUUUGGAGCUUCAGGGCUUUAUUAGGCCCCUCCUGGAUCUUUUGAAUGGACUGAAAAAAGGAAGAUUUGAUAAAGGUCUGAGCAGUUUCCAGCAGAGCGUUGCCAUGGACCGAAUCCAGAGAAUUGUGGGAGUGUUGCAAAAGCCUCACAUUGGGGAGAAGUAUUUGCCGACUUUGUUACAAAUAGAGAUGAUGCUAAAGGUCUGGUUUCCUCAAGUCAUUCUUCACCCUUCAGAACCAACGACCCCUAAAAAGCAUUCAGAACAGAGCACCUCCAUUGUCAACACACCUCCACACAAGCACAAAGACCAACUGCACAUUCCAGUUAAGAAGCGAAGACUGAGCUGGUCAGACACAGACUCCACUUCCGCUACUCCUCCUGUUGUGUGUAAGCAAGUCAAAGGUCAAUUUAAGGCAAGUGAGCAGGAGAAGGAGGAACGAGGUGAGAGUUCUGGGAGCAAACCACAUAGAGACCAAUCAGAGAAGAGACAGAAGACAGAGGGAGAAACAUCAGGACACAAAGCCAUCCACUGGUCUGAGCCUAGCCUGACCUGGGUGCACAUUGCGCCCAUCUUAUCGCCCCCCAAGUCCUGCCCUUCUCACGAAGCAGGGCGGGGGAGUAAACAUGGGGGGCGUGGUUAUGUCCUGCUCACAAUCCCCCCUCCCACCAGCAGGUGCAGUCCCGCGACACAGGACAGCUCCAUCUCGUCCACGACACCCUACCCUGAGCCUGUCGGGUGCCAAAACCAGCAAAACGGCACGGAGAAGACAGAUCCGGUAAGGGGGCGGGAGCAGUCUCCUCCAAUCACGACACAGCCUUCAAGUCGGGCAGAGCUCCGGCCGCUGGAAACUUGAAUGCACUUAAAACAAGCACAACCAACAGAGAGAACUGUCUGAGCAAUUGUGUGGAGAACUUUUGAGGUAUUUCCUUCAAAGCAAUUGUUUAAGCUGUGUUUCUUGUAUUUCUAUGGUUAUUCAGGCAGCUUACGAUGCAGGUCUGAGAUUUGGGCAUUUUGAGAGAGAAAAGGAAAAACAUUAAUACCACUGAAAUCCAGUAGAAGCCCAUAAACAACAACUACAAAGUGAUGUGCUGAUCUAGAAUCAGUUACCCAUUCCUGUGAAUGAGAGAGCUGUGUGUGUGUGUGUGUGUGUGUGUGAGAGAGAGAGAGAGAGAGAGAGGGAGAGUGUGCUCUAGAAUGAAUGAGGACAUGCCUGCAAGUGUGUGUGAGAGUGUAUGUGUGUGUAUGCCUGCGUAUGUGUAUAUAAUUGGUAGGAACUUGGGAGGUAGGAGGUAUUGGUUUGGCUGGAGUCCCAAAAUAAGGUCAGUCAGAACCAGCAUGCAAUAAUUUAAUGAAAGGUCAACACAAGGUCAGUAUUUCUUAUUGGUUUUCAUUCUGGCCAUUAUUCAGAUAAGAAGCACUUAAGGCCCCCCCUCCCCCCCACACACGCACACACAAAAGUGAAUUCAAAAAGGGGCUACCUUUGCACAGCACUGUGUUGUCCUGUAUAAAGAUGUGUAUUAUUCAGGGAGAUGGGAAACUUUAGUAGGAUAUCACAAUUCUGGUACAAAGGCUCUGUUUCUGCCACUUAAUAUUAAAGAGCAAUGUAGCAGUGCUUAUUUAUGAACUGACACAUCCAUUUUCAAGACUGAUGUAACAUUAAGAUUUUAAGUAUUAACAUAGGGUCAGUUGCAAUGACCACUAAGCGAAAGAUCACAACAUCUUACUGCAACAAUGCCUGUUUAAGGAUUUGGUCUGUUGCAGUGUUUCUAGAGGUAAACAAUCACAUGUGACAUCUCUAUAUUAGUCACGUUAUAAAUAGGAUGCUCUUAGAAUUCGCCAUGCUAUCGGUGUCCCAAGCCUAAGAACAUUUAACUUUGUAAAACAAUCACGCUUAAAUUAUUUGAUUCAUUGCAAUCUACAAAAAAAGCUUAAUUAGGUUAACCAAAAUGGGAAGAUGAGGCAUUUGUAACUUGUCUUGGCGGCUUCCCAAAAGAGUUUGUCCACUUAUUAUGCAUUGCGUGAUUAGCCUAGGUGCCGUCCCAGACAUAUUAAAUUACACCCUUCUGGACUUCCCCAUGUGCUCAGUCACUGGGAAUAGGAAGGCUAGAAGGGGAGAAAAAUGUAGAGCACUUUAUCUGAACUGGAACGGAAGCAUGUAGCAAAAAAAAAAAUGCUAAAGGCACUUUGGCGUAAUUAGAUUAUGCAGUUACAAUCUGAGCGGUUAAGCAAACCGCAGUCCUUUCUACAUUGUUGUAACUGUCUCAGUCUUCAUGCACACUAGGAGAUAUGAGAUUGCUUACCUUUCACUGGCUAUUAAUAAACUAAUAAACAACCUCUCUAGUCAUGAGAGUUACUAGGGGUGUAGCAGUAAACAGAAAUCAGUUCAGUUCACAUCGUGGUUAAUGAGAAGACUACAGGCACCAUAGCAAUACUCCUAAAUCCACUGCAAUUCCAACAAUUCCAUGCUAAUCCAAACUUGCUUAGCCACCAACGUACAGCUUUUAAGGUUUCCAACUGGGAAACUUGUUUCUAACAUUCAUCUUUGCCUUUGCUGUGUUACUAGCUUAUUGCCAACUGUGAGAGGGUGUGCACUGACACAUGACAUUCAGUAUGAAUAUACAUACAUACUGCUACACCCCUAGUAUUUACAUGAUUGCUGCAUUAUUCUUAUUCGAUUAGGGAUGUUUGACUUUUAAGGACAUAUUCUGGCCUCUCAUGGUGAUCUUACGCUAAACUGUGCCCAUUGCACUUGGCCCAGAAGAGUUUGUUACAUGGCAUUAUUAUGCAGCCUGUCUCUGCAUCUGAUGCAGUCAAAAAAAAACCCUUUCAACCAAAAUGAGACUUAUUGUGUACAUAGAUUUGCAAAGCAAGCAAUACUUCCAUUCCAGAAAGAAUUCUUUUUGAGCACCAACAGAUGUGAGAAACUCUCCUGCCAGUACUGUACCAAUGAUGUUAGUGUGGCUAAAAGAACGGACAUUCCAACACUGAUUAAAGAAAGGGGCGCAGUCCAUUGUUGGGAAAUAAAGAAAGAGAGGAGAGAAUGUACAGUGUCUGAAUGAAAGCAAAGAGCCAUGGGGUCUGGGACAAGGGUCAUCAGGGUUACAAGGGUUACACCAACGAACACUCUUGGUAGAAACAUCAACCCUUACAUGCCCCAUCCUGAGAUUCCAGUUUUUAUUUAUUCAUAUGAUGAUUUAUGCAUUUAUUUAUGUUUGUUAAUUUAUUCAUAUGGCAGCUGACAGAAUGGGCGCUUAUUCUACAGCUUGCUUUGUAGAGGCUGAAGUGUUUUUGUGAGACUGAUAUCGGUAGUAAUGGAAAAAUGAAGGAAAUCGUCGAUUGGAAUAACCUGUGCCUUUUCACCAAAUAGGAUGUGUGCAGAAAUUCAUACAUUUUGAUUGUGGAUUUUUAUGAAAAUAAGGGUACAGAACAGGAAGUACUUAAACACACAGAUCUACAGAUUUUACUGUUUCUGUCACACACACACACACAUUGCUUUAUCAGAAACGUGUACCCUGUGCUGGUCACUCUAUGAGUGCUACAUACCUAAUAGGUGCACUAUAUACACUCUUAAAAAUAAACAUACUUCAGAUGGUUCUUUAUUCAAUGUCACACAACAGCCAAUGUCAUCAUUUAUAACCUGUAUUAUAAUUUAGUGCCAUAUCCAGUGUAUUGAAGUUCCCUAGUUGUUAUAUAAUUUUAUGUGGUCAAAUAAAUGACAAUCCAAAAAGUCCAAUUACAACUCAAAAUAUUACAGAAUAAUCAUGUGUUCACUUUGAUUAAAUACUUAUGGGACAUGGGCAUGUAAUUAGUCUGCAAGUUUCCUAGGAUUUUUAAACCUAAAUAAAAAAUGUUAAAAUUUUCCAGGCUAGAAAAGUUGCUGUUAAAAUAAACAUUCCGUCCAAAUCACAUAAUUCACAGUAGUUCAGGUCUGGAUAGGUGAGCAUCUGGGUUCUAAAUAUGUCCUCUGCUUUUAGUUGUAAAAAUUAUGUGAGUGAAUAACCUCUAUAUUGCUAAAAAUAAAUAAAUAAUAAAAUCUACAUUAAAGAUGAAGCCUUUUAAAUGUUAAUAAAUGUAAAUAACCAUCUGAAGUACCUUUACUUUUAAAAGUAAAAGCUUACAGACUGUAGACAGAUUGUCGUAGACAAUUUCUGUGGUCAUGUUUAAAGCAGCCCUGUGAGCCAGUAGUCUUGAAAUGUACACCAGCACACACAUGGAGCUACUGUACAGUUUCUAAUAAAGUGGCCAGUGUCUGUAAAAAGCAUAUAUAUUCUGUUUUGCACACUAACAAACAGCCAUAGCAGUAGACCCUGUGUUAGCAUCACAUAGGGACUGGUACUCCCCAGAAUCCAUUCUUACAUUACAAUCGAUUUCCAAAAGUAGGAUGCUAAGUUACAUUUCGGCAUCUGUUGCAGUCAUUUCCUACCCCUAAUUGUCCAUCAGUGUCGAACAACCUGGAAACAUCAAAUCCGAUUGAUUGAUAUGAUAUAAAAAGGGACGAAAAUCCAACUGCACCAAUUUAAUGUGCUGCUAAAAAAAGUGUUUCUAAAAGAGAUUACUGACGGUUCUUGGUAAUCACAUUACUCUGCACAGUUUCACAAGUCUAAACCCCAACCACGAUUACUGCCGUGGUAUUGCAUUUGUUUUCUAUUUAAAGUGCACAUUCAUUCUUCUGUUGUUUUUUUGUUGUUGUUUUUUAACAUGAUAACGGUUUUUGUACAAAACAAUUUGCCCUUAUUACUUUGUUUCUAUUUUUUUAUGUUUUUUAGCUGUACAAAUCAAUACGACUGGUCACGAAUGAUGAAAUGAAUGACCUGCUUUCUUGAGCCUUUUUUUUUGUACAACAGUAGAGUCCCAUCCUCUUUCGCUAACCACCUCUCCUUUUUUCCUUCCCCUUUCAUCCCCUCGCUUCUUCCUCCGUCCUGCUCACUUUGUCGAAUCCCUUUUCCGUAUCUCUCCUGUCUUUCUCCUCCUCACUCUGUAGCUUUAUUGUUCUUUCUACUUUUUCAAUGAGGAAAAAAAUGAAAAUCUUUUAAUAAACAACACAUUUUGGAAAUAA